UUGCGCGCGCUAAGGCUCCAUGUGUCUACAUGUGGCGCGUGAACUAUUUAGCAUGUCCGAGUCUGAAGUAAGGCACCGAAAAGGCGGCAGUGCUGACCGCUUUGAUGAGCAACCACGGAACGAACAGAAGCAGAGUGACAAGACAACAUCGUCGAUGCGGACUGGAACGUUCUGGCUCACUAGGAUAGUCUUCUUACGCUCCUUGGCCUUUGUCUAUUUCGUUGCAUUUCUUGUUGCAUACCAUCAGAACAAAGAACUUCUUGGUUCUAAUGGUCUCCUUCCUAUCAAGAACUACCUGAAUCACGUUAGGACACAUUUCAAGGGAAUAAACAUUGAAUCCGUCACAGCUAUGCCUACUUUGCUGUGGUGGUGUGAUUAUGAGAACAGAGCAGACUGGUUGUUGGAUGUGCUGGCAUUGUUCGGACUGACUGUCUCUGGAGGAGUUCUUUUGAUGGGAUCAGCUAACAUGUUUAUCAUGGCUCUGUUGUGGGUAUUAUACCAUUCUGUUGUCAAUGUUGGUCAGAGAUGGUACUCAUUUGGCUGGGAAUCUCAGCUACUUGAAACGGGCUUUUUGGCAAUUUUUGCUUGCCCUGUCUUUUCACUUCGUCAGAUUCCUGUCAACACACCACUGUCAGCUGUUGUUGUGUGGGGAUACAGAUGGCUCAUAUUCAGAAUAAUGAUCGGAGCAGGUCUAAUCAAAAUUCGAGGUGAUCAGUGUUGGAGAGACUUGACUUGCAUGAAUUAUCAUUAUGAGACUCAGCCUGUACCCAGUCCAAUAAGUUACUACCUUCACCAAAAUCCAGAGUUCAUCCACAAGUUUGAGACGUUGUCCAACCACUUUGUUGAGCUUGUUGUUCCCUUCUUUAUGCUUAUUCCACUGAAAAACAGAUUCUUUUCUUCCCUCUGUGGAUUUCUGCAGAUUCUCUUCCAAAUUGUUUUGAUAAUCAGUGGUAACCUCAGCUUCCUCAACUGGCUCACCAUAUUGCCUUGUAUACUUUUCUUUGAUGAUUGUCACCUUUCAUUUCUGUUUUCAAAGAAGAGCUCUACAUCAGCAUACAAUAAAGUCAGACAACUACAGCUGCAGCCAAACCGUCGCCUGUCUGCCAGUCAGUAUAUUCGUUCUGCUGUGAAUUGUUGUGUUGGAUUGCUCAUCGCUUAUCUUAGCAUACCAGUUGUUCAGAAUCUUUUGUCAUCACAGCAAAUGAUGAAUACAUCUUUUGAUUCUCUUCGCAUAGUUAACACUUAUGGAGCAUUUGGGAGCAUUACAAAGGAAAGAACAGAAGUGAUAUUCCAAGGAACUCGAAAUACCACUUUAUUGCCUGACAGUGCUGGUGCUCAAUGGGAGGAGUUUGAAUUUAAAUGCAAGCCUGGGAAUGUUUCACGCCGACCAUGUCUCAUAUCACCCUAUCACUACAGGUUAGACUGGCUGAUGUGGUUUGCAGCAUUUCAGAAUUAUCAGCACAACCCUUGGCUUGUCCAUCUAGCUGCGAAGUUCUUAGUAGGUGAUGAAACAGUUGACAGUCUAAUAGACUACAAUCCAUUUGCUGGUGGUGAUCCUCCAAGUGUUACACAACUAGCGCGUGCAUUCCUUCAGUUUGUGGAUUUGCAUGAUUUGCAAGUUGCCUAUUUUUACAGGGUCAUCUAAUUUUAACUUGUGGUUAUUGUCAGUCAAUCUCCUUUGAGACAUACCAUAGUAUUCCUAACGUUUGCAUCUUUGUUACUUAGAUAUGUUCGAGCUGAGCAUUAUCACUAUGAAUACACCAAGGUGGGAAGUGAAGAGGCAGCUGCAGGGCAGUGGUGGAAUCGCAGAAAAAUUGGAGUAUACCUUCCACCAAUCACAGUGGAUCACCUGAAAGACUAUA